GAGUUUAAACCAGAGCCGUAGCCGCUGGCGCCGAGCUUCUCAGGCUAGGUGGUCGUCGCCCCCAUGGUGAAAGGGCGGUAAGUCAGGGACCUCGGCGCGGCCGCCGCUUUGCUUGGGGAGAUCCGUGUCUUUCCCAGCUGAAACUCUCAGCGCUGCUCUCUUGAGUCUUCCGUCAAGGGAACCGUGCGCGGCCCGUGGUCCCGCCCACCCUCCGCCCUCUGGUAUCGCGAACUGAGGCCACGCUCUCAGUGGCUCGUUGGGGAACUCUCCGGUUUGGAUCUGAGUGGCUACAUCUUGUCUCUUUGAUUUUGUGCCCGGCUGGGUGAGAGGUACGAGCGGCCAGUUAGAAGGUCAGCUCCUUGAAGGAAGAGAUUUCAGUCUUUGUGACUGCACUACUCCUGCUUUUUAGAGCAUUAUCUAGGUCAUUGUGAACCUUCAGUAAAUACCUGCUGGGUGAGGGUUGGAGACUGCUUACCCAGGUUCUUAAAUGAUCCCUCUCCUUUGGAGUGAUCAUUUGGAAGGAAGGCUGGCUGAAGGCGAAGGGGUGAUGGAAGACUGGGAAAAACUUAGAACUUGAACUGCGUCUUGAUUUACAGGUAGGACUAAGGAUCUGUACCUACGGUGGACUCUACAUUCCAUGACUGACAUUCCUAUACAACCGUAUCCUGUUUUCUGUCUGCUGUGCCUAACCUAGCUCCUGUGAUGGAGAACCCAGUGAUGGAAACUAGCUCACUUUUUACCUCAGGAAUUAAGAGACAUGUGAAAGACAGAAUUUCAAAGACUGGGAAGUUGAAUGUUUCUCUUGCUUCAAAAAUCAAAACAAAAAUACUAAAUAAUUCUUCCAUUUUCAAAAUUUCUUUAAAGCACAACAACAGGGCAUUAGCGCAAGCUCUUAGUAGAGAAAAAGAAAAUUCUCGAAGGGUUACAACUGAAAAAACGCUAUUGCAAAAAGAAGUGGAGAAACUGAAUUUUGAGAAUGCAUUUCUUCGCCUAAAACUAAAUAACUUGAAUAAGAAACUUAUAGAAAUAGAAGCACUCAUGAACAAUAACUUGAUAACUGCAAUUGAAAUGAGCACUCUUUCUGAGUUUCACCAGAGUCCCUUUCUACUGCCAAGUAGCAAGAAGAAACGGACUAGUAAACAGUACAAGUUGAUGCGACUUCCAUUUGCAAGGGUUCCACUAACUUCAAAUGAUGAUGAUGAUGAUGAUAAAGAGAAAAUACAAUAUGAUGACAAUAUUAUAGCAAAGACAUCACCUGAUAUUCCCUUUUCAGUAUCAACAAGACAAUCUUUAUCAAAAAAUCAUUUCCACUCAGACCAAAGUUCCAAGAAUUCUCUAAUGAGUGAGAUUAGAAAUGCCCAGUCAAUCAGCCACAGAAAGGAGAAACCAUCUCCUAGUAAUAUAACUGAAAGGAAAAAACGUGUAUCAUCUUGGGAAUCAAAUAAUCCUUCUACUGACAGUCUUCAUGUGAUGGAUUUAGAUCAACAACAGAUUUCAAGUCGAGAAUUUAAUUGGCAUGAGAUAAAUGAUUGUACUAAUGAAACAAAUAUCAAAAUGCAGAGAAACAUACAGUGCCUUCCUGACUCAUCUGAGUCUACAAGUGAACCAGCUGCAGAGUACAUGAAUCCAUUUCAGGGUAGUGAUGACUAUCAAUUGCAGAAAACUGUAUAUGAUGCUGACAUGGAUUUAACUGCUGGUGAAGUAAGCAAAAUUGUUACAGUUUCAACAGGCGCUAAAAAUAGAAGUGAUAAAAAAUCAAAUGAUUGUGAAAUAAAAACUUUCAGAAAAGUGAAAGAUUCAAGUUCUGAAAAAAAGAGAGAAAGAUCUAAGAGACAAUUUAAAAAUAGUUCAGAUAUUGAUAUUGAGGAAAAGAUUGAAAAUGGACCAGAAAAAAAAUCAGUUGUCGUGGAUGGCAAAGGGAAUUCAGAAGAUCCAAAUUUUAUUUUCAGUGCUGAGCAGCUGACUCAGUUGAACAUACUGAAGGAAGUAACCCUUCAUAAUGGCUUUGAUCAAGAUGACAGAGAAAGUAUACAGCAUAAUAAAAAAAAGAAGAGAAUACAUGUAACAAAUGAACAAGAGGAAACCAACUCUUUCUCCCGAAGUUCAGAUAAAUUCCAGCAGGAGAGUAAAUUUGAUAUGGGUCAGAGUUCUGUAGCUUAUCAUAAAAGUAAAGCUUCUAGACAGACAUUUGUGAUUCAUAAGUUAGAAAAAGGUAACUUAUUCCCAAACCAAAAAAAUAAUGAAACCACUUCUGAAAACCUAGAAGUCACAAGUGAAUUUCAAACAGCCGAUCUUUCCACCAAAGAUAAUGGAAGUUUAUGUGAUUAUAAGACCCAGAAUAUGUCGUAUUUGAAAAAGCAUGUCACUGAUAAGCAACCUACUCAGCAACAUCAAUCAAAAAUAAAUGAGAAGCUUAGGCAGAAAGUAAAUCGGAGGACAGAAAUAAUUUCUGAAUCAAACCAAGUAUAUGGGGAUAGUGGUAAAGAUGUGUAUGGCCCAGAAAAAGGUAACUUUUCCUUCCAAACCCAAGAGGAUAAAGAAACCAUCUCUGGAAACCUAGAAGUUUCAGAUGAGUUUCAAAAACCUGCUGUUUCCACCAUUGGUAAUGGAAACCUGUAUGAUUGUGAGAUCCAAAAUGUGUUGGAUAUGCAAAAGCAGAUCACUAAUGUGUACCCUGUUCAGCAAAAUGAAUCAAAAGUUAAUAAGAAUCUCAGGCAGAAAGUAAAUCGGAAGACAGAAAUAAUUUCUGAAAUGAAUCAUUUAGAUAAUGGCAAAAAUGUGUAUUGCCCAGAAAAGGGUAAUUCUUUCUUCCUAACCCAGAAAGAUAAAGAAAUCAUCCCCGAAAAUCUAAAAGACCCAAGUGAGUUCCAAACACCUGCCCUUUCUACCAAAGAUAGUAGAAAACUAUACGAUUAUGAGGCUCAAAAUGUUCUAGGAGUGAAAAAGCAUGUCCAUGAUAUGCAACCUACUUGUCAAAAUGAAUCAAAAAUAGAUAAGAAGCUUAGGCAAAAGGUGUGUCGGAAGACAGAAAUAAUUUCUGAAAUCAACCAAGUAUAUGAGAAUAAUGACAAAGACAUACAUGACCCAGAAAAAGAUAACUUACUUUCUCUAACCCAAAAGGAAAAAGAAACCAUCCCUGAAAACCCAGAAGACUUAAAUGAAUUUCAGAUAGCUGAUCCUUCCACUGAAGGUAAUAGGAACCUAUGUCAUGAGACUCAAAACAUUUUGGGGGUGAAAAAACAUGUUACCGAUAUGCCACUUGCAAAGCAAAAUGAAUCAAAAAUAAAUAAGAGGCUCAGACAGAAAGUAAAUCGGAAGACAGAAAUAAUUUUAGAAAUGAACCGAGUAAAUGAGUUAAAAAAAAAAGGCGUGCAUGACCCAGAAGAAGGUAACUUCUUUUCCCUAUCCCAAACAGAUAAAGAAACUAUUUAUGAAAACCUAGAAGUCACAAGUGAAUUACAAACAGCUUAUCUUUCCACACAAAAUAAUGGAAAUUUGUAUGAUUAUGAGACACAGAAUGUGUUGGAUUUGAAAAAGCAUGUCACUGAUACGCGACCUGCUCAACAGAAUGAAUCAAAAAUAAAUAAGAAACUUAGGCAGAAAGUAAAUCAGAAGACAGAAAUAAUUUCUGAAAGGUGCCCCAUAUAUGGGGAUAAUGAUAAAGAUGUGCAUGAUCAAGAAAGCUAUAUAAAUGGUCUGGAUUUUCAAGUAAAUAAAUCUAAACAAAUACUUGAAUGCCAAGGUAUUAUCAGUGGGUACUCUAUGGAAAUUGAUAGCCAUGAAAAGGAAAACUGUGAUCAAAUUUCAAAUCUUUACAAACUAGUUAAAAAGCAUAGGAAAGAAUCAUCAGGAAAGACAACGAUUUUGGCCAAAGGUAAAAAACCUAUUUUGCAGUUAGCAGAUUCUUUACAGACAUCUGUCUCAGAAUCAGGUUUAAAAUCUAUUACUAAUGAAGCAGAUUCUGAUCCUGGUAAGCAGCAGAAUCCAAAGGAAAGAACUACAACUCUGAAUGAAAAAAAGAAAAACAUUCCCUUUGUGGAAGUGAUAAAAGAAGGAGAGUGCCAGGUUAGAAAAGUUAACAAAACGGCAUCUAAAUCAAAGAAAAGGAAGAUCUUCAUCUAUUCUUCUUCAGAUAACCAUGAAGUAAUGCAAGUAAUAUCUGACACUGAUCAGGGAAUAUCAGUUGAAUCUGAACAGGCUAAUGAGGAAAAAAUUUUGGAAAAUGAGAAAGUUGUCAAAAUGAAGCCAGACUUUUACACAAAGGCAUUUGAAUCUUUGUCUCAGGUAUAUUCACCUAACAUACAAGAUUCUUCCUUUAACAGUGUUCCUGGGGAUUCAGUACCUCUAAGUAUUUCUUCUAGUAAAAAUCUGAUAAUAAAAGAAAGUUUUGCCCUGGAGAGCUCACCAAUCUUUCAAGUAACUGAUGAUGUACAUGAGAAGAUGAAAGGGAUGAAAUUCAAAGUCAACCAGAGAACACAAAAAUCAGAAAUAGGUGGUAGAACACUGCAGGACUUGACAAAUACCAGUUUUAUUUCAAAUAACACUGCUAACGCUGAAAAUAAGUCAGAAAAUCCAUCUUUAGAGCUACCAAGCCGAAGAAGAAGGUGUACUCCUCUCUAUUUAAAAGAGCCAAAUCUCAAAAGGAAGAUGAGAAGAUGACGUGAAUUUAUGGAAUCUGGGUUUUUUUUGAAUUCUCAAACCAUAACAAGUCAAAACAAGGAUCAAGAAGAUGAAAUGCAUGAUGAAAGCUUUUUUUACCCCUACCUUUUCAUGAGUGUUAAUUUAUUCAUUCUUAUGUUUAGAUGUAUGUGCAUAAAGUAUCUAUUUUGUAAUGUUCAACUUCUAUAAUCAUCUUGGUCAGCCUAUAACUUAUCUUCCUGUUGGUGUAAGCAUCUUUCAACCGAACAGCCAUUAACUAAGCAAAAGCUGUUAACCUUUUAGCCAAAUAAAAUGUGUUGUGAAA